AUGUCUCAACAUCCAUCGUCAUCUGGAUCCAAACCCUCCCAACAUGCAAAGACUUCAUCCAUGGAGUUCGUAGAUGAAGACAUAAUGGACGUCACUCCUCUGUGCAUGAUACCGGGCGACACCACAGGUACCUCCUCCAAUGUUGGAGAUAAGCAAGGUAAUACCUCUGGUAACUCCUCUCUUCCUAAAGACAUGUAUUACACUGAUCGCGCUAUAAGGAGACUGGUUACUAGAGUACUGAGUGAAGGACAUAAAGUUGAAGGGGUCUCUACCCCUCUGUCCAGAAGGGAACCCUCUCCUGAGAGAGAACCCCAUGCUGAUAAAGAUGAUGAUUCAUCUAGAUCAGAAAAAGAGGUGGCUGCUGAAGGGCUUUGCUCUCUAGAAAGCACUGAAGGAGAAGAUGAUCCUUUGGUUCAUCUGGUUAAACCUAGCAUAGCUGAGAAACUAAGAACUAAGAAAGGAAAAAGCAUGGCUAAAAUGAGAGCUGCUAGAGUGAAAAAGACUACAGGAGUAGGACCCUCAGAACCCUGGAGCAAGGUUGAGGUUGGAAAAAGAAAAGAAAGACACAACUUUGAUUCUGAGGAGGAUGUUAAAGACGAUGUCCCAGACAUCUCCCCUGCAAAAAGGCAGGCUGUUCAGAAAUCUCCUGGCAAGGCUGCUGUUGUCCAUCUUGACAAUAUCUCCUUUCAUUUGGAAGAUGGAGCAGCAAAGUGGAAAUAUGUCAUUCAGAGAAGAGUAACCAUUGAAAGAGAACUUGGACAAGAAGCUGUUGAGGUAAAGGAGGUUAUUGAUCUGAUCAAAAAUGUUGGACUCAUAAAGACUGUGGUAACUCUACCACAAUGCUAUGAGGGGCUGGUUAAAGAGUUUAUUGUUAAUAUCCCUGAGGAUAUUCAUGAUAAGAACAGCAGGGAGUUUUGCAAGGUAUUUGUAAGAGGCAAAUGUGUAAAAUUCUCACCAAGUAUCAUCAACAAGUUCCUAGGAAGAGGAAUGGAUGGAGGAGUAGACCUAGAAACCACAGAUAAUGAGGUCUGUAAGGCUAUCACAGCUGGCCAAGUUAAGGAAUGUCCUAGUAGAAAUCACUUAUCAGCUGGAAAACUCAGUGUGGCCAAGGCCAGAAAAGAAGCUUUAGAAGUUCUCAUCUGCAGCCUGGAAAGGGAAGACACAGAAAAGGCUGAUAAGGAUUCAAAUGCAAGACCUAAAACUCAAUCCAGUGGCAACUCUGGAAGCUUGGAAGACUCUGAAGGUGUAGCUGAAGAUGAAGAUGAAGGUGAAGGAGAUACUUCUUCUUCUGACUAA